AUGUCCAUUCGACCCAUUGAGAUAGAGUCUCUCAUCAACUUUCACCAAACUGUCAGCGAUGUCGCGUAUGAUAUGGCUCUGGUUCGAUGGCUUAAUGCAGUCGCCGUCGCACUUCUCUUCUAUGACUCGCUCAUCACGCUGCCAGACGAGGUAGACCUCAUUUGGCCGAAGCAAUGGAGCGUGAUCAAGGCGUUAACCUACUUGGUGAUUAUUUUUCCAUCUCGUUCCUCUACGCUGUUUGCAACAGUCGACACUUGUAGGCGACAUAUCGCCGAUACCGUUACCCCUUGCCCACCCCUGGUUGCCCUUCUACGCCUUGGCGAUCCCAGUCCGAGACUCAUGACCUCGUUUGCAGAACCGCAUCAUUACAUUUUGCAUCAUUCCGCUCAACGGCCUGCACUUCAUGGCGAUAGGUAUUGGGACGUCCGACAUUGCCGGUUUCUUAUCAUUACUACGGGAUACGCCGCGCUUGUCUCGUUUGCAAUGUGCAACUGGAUUCUUCUUGCCCGCACAAAGGCAUUACUUGGCGAAAAACGUUGGAUUAAUACCAUUCUCAUCAUUUAUUAUGUCCUCUCCUACUCAGCAACAGCCGCCCUCGUCACGAUUACCGAGAUCAAGUUGUAUAAGAAAAUGUUCUACAGUCCCAACCUGCAGGUCUGCGCCGUCGCAAUACACCCUCCAACCAUGGUGCUGCGGCUGUACAACCUUGCAAGUUGGUUGAUCCUGCCGCCCUCCUUUUCAUUCACCGGAAUAUUUGUCCUCUGGAGCGUUCUUUGCAUAGCGGUUAUUCGACUUCAACUCAAUCUCAUCCGUGCCGUAGACCCACGCUUCCAACCGACGACUGUAUCCGCAUCGUCCUUCCGUGGGACGCGUAACUUUACCAACGAGAUUCACACAUAUAACUCUCGUGCCCGAUCUCGCGACAAGCGACUUACUGUCGGGGUGUACACCUCCAGCAGCCGUCCACCUUCUCGUCGACCUUCCCUAGCACGACAAGAGCAAAUGCAACCGAUUCAAUACGCUCCACCUCCCCUCCCUCAACACGUUCCAUAUCAUCCGGACGACCAGACACAGGAAAGUGAGCCGAUUCAGAUGUAUGACCUCAAAAAUCGCCCAUAUGCUUCACAUACAGCACUACUCGGGAGUGGUGCCGAUGUUUCCGUUAUAGAAACGCAGCCACAUAUUCCUCAGGAAAGGCCUAGUCACCCGAUGACAAGAGACUAUGGCCGGGAGUCGUUCCCCUCAAACUGGUACGACACACCUAGACAAUCCUAUGUUCAACCGUAA